UCUCUCUCUCUCUUCGUAGUUUCUCUUACUCCCUGCUUCCUCUUUCCUGGAAUUUACGCGUUACGUUAUUCCUCUCCUCGAAAUAACCGAACUAGUUGGCCAGCCCCAAUUGUAGUAUGGAGCAACAUGAACCGAAGACGGUCGCCGAGACGAGUACCGAGACCCCUGCAGGUAGAGAGAUAAGUUCUACGGCGUCGGAUACUAAUCAUCACAGCCAUCAUGUUGCCGCUAGUCCGACUCAAAUAAAGCGUCUUUUCAACUUCACGCAAAUGUUCUUCUUCUCGCUCACGUUUAUGUCGAGCUGGGAAGUUCAGGCGAUAAAUAUUACUGCAGUACUCACAAAUGGGGGCCCUGAAGCCUUUGCUUGGGGCAUUGUGAUCGUUAUAUUUGGAGCUUUGGCACAGUGUGCAUCAUUGGCCGAGUUGGCAUCAAUGCAGCCCAUUGCCGGGGCACAAUAUCAUUGGACGCAUUAUCUGGCACCCGCUGCUCAAAAGAGGUUCAUCACCUGGAUGCAGGGAUGGGUCACUUGGUUUGCUUGGGUGUCGCUCCUCUUAGGUGUGGCCAAUACCACCGCAAAUACGAUUCAAGGGCUGGCAAUCGCAAACUACCCUGAUUACGUUGCAGAAAGGUGGCACUUGACGCUAAUCAUAUUUGCAAUUCUCAUUGUCCAGGGGUUAAUGAAUAUGUACACCUUCUGGCUGAUCCCAUGGAUCGAGCUUUUGGCUGGUAUUCUCCACAUAUUGCUGUUCAUUAUUUUUCUAGUGGUUUUCGUUGCAUUAGCCCCUCGUCAUACGGCCGACUACGUGUUUUUAACCACCCAAUCUGAGUCCGGCUGGAACAACACUUUCGUUUCGUGGAACAUUGGACUCCUAACCCCCAGCUGGGGGUUUGUAGGAUUUGACGGCGCGGUCCACAUGAGUGAAGAGGUCCGUCGCGCCAGAGAGGCAGUGCCACGGUCGAUGUUCUGGUCCGUUGCCACCAACGCCGUGCUGGCAUAUGCCAUUGUGAUAUGCAUGCUAUUCACAAUGGGCUCGAUCGAGGAUGCGCUCAAUGCCGGUUUCCCUAUAAUCGCAAUUUGUCAACAUGCCACUGGUUCGACUAAAGCAGCCACCGCUAUGGUGUGCGGGCUUCUGAUUGUAGGGUUGUCCGUAACCCUAGCCAGCAUAGCAUCAACCUCCCGCCUCACAUGGGCAUGGGCUCGCGACGGCGCACUACCCAAAUGGUUCUCACAUAUUGAUCGAAGACACAAUGUACCCAUCCGCGCUGUAUGGCUCCCAAUAUUCAUCGUUAUGGUCCUCUCCUGUCUCAACAUACCAAGCACAGCCGCCUUCAACGCUUUCACCGCUCUCUCCUCUAUCGGACUCUUCGUAUCCUACUUCAUCGCCAUCAGCUGCAUGGUCCACAACCGUUUUCGCAAGGACCCGGUCCCAAUGGGAAACUGGACCAUGGGCAGAUGGGGGCUCCCCGUCAAUAUAUUCGCUCUGAUUUAUACGGCCUACGUCACCGUCUGGCUGACCUUCCCUUCAUAUCGACCUGUGACUGGCGAGAAUAUGAACUAUGCUUUACCCAUCUUCGCUGCGUCGACGCUGUUCGCCUUCACCUAUUGGUUCCUCCGUGGUAGAAAACAUUGGCCGGGUCUCAACAAGGAGGUUCUGCGCCUUGUGGUUGAGGGGGGCGAGCUGCAGCUCAGGUGACCAUUUCUUCAUCGUCUUAUGGUCUUCUCAUGGUUGUUUGAGUGUCGGUAUAUUCAGAUGGGACAUGUCAUUCGAGCUGAGCGAGUUCAAGCCAUUUUUCGGCAGGCUCGGUCAAGGUUCACUGGCUAUAUUUGAGUACCUACUCUUUGUUUAACAUCAAGGUAUAUGUAACCGGUUGUACGGAAUUUUAAAAGCGAUUUAUUUAGUAAAUAUACCCA